UUACCUUCCGGCCAGCUAGCACAAGCGGUGGAGGGUUUGCAUCUGGGGGCGCGUUAGGAUUACGGCUUUAUAAAUCUUGUCCAAAAAGUUUGUGCCUGCGGGAGUCGUGAGAUGUCACAAGUCAACAAUACUGUUACUGUGGCUAUGGCUGUGGAUGAGGAUGGGACUGAAUCUGAGCUCUGCUUGUGGCGGGCAUCAGCUACCAGGCAGCUAGGUUCGCAUCUGAUGACUGUGUCCUUGCUGCUGUUGCUGCUGCUGCUGCUGUUGCAACGUCCUGCAAUGGUGCGCGCUAUUCUGUGUUGCGUGUUGCCUGAGUCCCCUGCAUGUAAACGUCAUAGCCACACCAAUUUAUUUAUUCCUGGAUUUCAGUUUUUAGUUUGCCGUACGUUUUCCCAGUACUUGCUGCGCAACAAAGCCAAACGAAAAGCGCAUAACAGUGAUACAUGCAUGAGACUGCAGAGAUAAAGAUA